GACUGUGUAUACUGUACAAUGUUUCUCCAUGAGAUGUAGUGGAAGUAUGAUGUGAAUACAAUGGCAAUACUCAAAUACACACAGUAUGUGCAUGACACAAGUGUUGAUAAAAUACAGAUUUCAAUCAAUCAGAAGUACCUCAAAAGUAUUGAAUUGAUAACCCACGUCAAUAUAUGUUCUUUGUUGUAUUCCAGGACGGCUCCUCAACCGUGUUCAUAUCCUUCUUUAUUGUAAAUAGUUUUAUUAUAUUUUCUUUACAACGGCACAGCCUGUAUUGUGCCAGUUAUUUUCCCUCUGAGCUUUUGGUCUUAUAUAUGGAGUUAACGCCUCAUAAAUCCACAUCUAGUGUAAAAGUGCAAAAACAUCAAAAACCGCACGGCACGUACGCGCCGCCCUGCUUUCACUCGUCGUCAUGGCGACGCGACGCGCUCAACACGUCACGUUACGUUUAUGGGACAGCGCGCCACUUUACAACGGCACAACGCGUCUCACGUCAUUAAUAUGAACCGGAUAAAGUGAGAAGGCGUGUCUUCGGUUACCUGACGUAACUUACGUCCUGUACUGACGUCAUCGAUAAUACUUUACGUCAUUGUUAACGGUACAUUCGUAGUAACCAACAGCAGCUGAGACCACAUGGACAUGAUGUCAGAGACGGGUCCUUGUAAUCCACCGUCAGACUGUAACGCCGGACAAGUUACCGAUGAAGGAAAGGAACGCGUGUCCGUCCUUCAGACCGAUGUGGUGUCCAUAGCACAAAGGUCAGGUCCACCUGAGGACAUAACGGGACCCAUAGAUGACAGUGCCUACUACGUCACAUGGACAGUUCUCAUUGUCCUCGCUGUCCCAAGAGGGGAAGACAUCGAUGCCUGUGAAGCUCCUGGAAAGACAGAGAAAACGAAUAAAGCUCAGAGCUGGUACCAUAUAGAAUACAAGUUGUUGCCAGGUGAUACAGAGACAGUCAAAGUGGACUUACUGGUGUUCGGGCCACUAGCAAAACUCUACAAAGAAGAUGAGUUCAAGGUUGUUGGAACGCGGCAGGACGGAGGUCAGACAUGGGUCGGUUGGAGCCAGGAUUUCAGGAUCGGAGUGAACAAGGAUCUGCUGAUCAGUCUGCUUCCUCACACCAUCACGCUUCAGAUAUGGAACAGUACGGCAAAACUGUCCGACCAGGCCCGCUACGAGAGAACGAAAGCCUUCAGGCCGACACAGGAUCAGCCGAAAGAUGCAACGGACCCCUGUGGUGGCGUUAGGAGCACGGUCAACAACCUGAGGUCCUGGUGUAAGAAGACGUCGAACACAUCUACAAAGAGCAGAAGUGAUAGACGAUUUGAUGAAGCAGAAUUUCAAAAACCCACAAUUGAUUCAUUCAACCUUGAGGAAACCAAAGGGAUCUCGGCUGAAAUCCGUCCCAUUGGAUUACUAGCGGGUGAGACGUCUGUCACUCGACGCUUCCCAGUCUGCUCGUGUGGCGUGUUGGAGGUUGUGUGCAACGUCUCUCUGGACAGAACGUUAAUGUCUGACCAAAUGAAGGCGGAACUCAAUCCGCUGGUCAUCACCAUUGUGUCCGCCACCUCAUUGCCUUCAUCGCCGGUCCCUUCCCACGUCCCGGAGGAGAAAUGUGGGCCCGUCUAUUGCCAGUACAAAUUCCAUGACUCGAACAUGCACAGAACACGCUCCCACACGCGUGGCACCAAAGUCCACUUCAGAGACGUGAAUGUAAUCCUGACUGGCUUGAUGAAUCCCGAGGAGCUCGGAGAGUUCCUCUCGGGUCCCCCUCUCCAGAUAGAGGUCCAUGAUCGGGACACAAAGUGGGAAGAAAGCCCCCCAACGUUUGGCCCAGGCUCAGCUGGCGAGGACCCGCUCACACAGAACACAGUGGCGCUGAACUCUCACGGCGUUGCAAGGCUAAGCCUCUCUGAGCUGCUGCUCGGGAGGAAAAAGCUGAAGGCGCACCUGCCAAUCAAAUGCUGCCCUCCGCCUCCGCUGCCGGACAGGGAACGGGACAGGAAGGCGAUGCCACCGGGCCGCUAUUCCGACGCCAAUUCCCGACUCAAAGUGGAGGUGGAGAUAUCUUGUCCGCUCCAUAUUGAGGGGGGCGGCUGCAAAGGUCCGUUCGGGCGCAUCAUCUACCUCUUCGACUACAACAACUUGUCUUUGAUGACCAAGCUGAGGUCGGAAAUCCUCGCGAUCAACGCGUCGGCUUUCCAUCUUGACUCGCUGGGGAACGCAGAGCAGGCCCUGUCAAAUUACAUAAUGAAUUUCAGUCCCGACGGGGGCCGGGAUCUGGAUUUCGUUUCGGGAUUCCACGUGCAAGAUAGGAGGGCACACGUCUUUGUUCUUGAAGGGCUGAGACACGGAGCAGUGAGGAGACUCUGGGAAGCCGUUCCUCUGAAGCAAAGUGGGAGUGAAGAGGAGCAGGUGAAAGUCCUCUACAAUUCAGACCUGGGUUUCUUCAAGCGCAUGUACGGCUCAUUAUGUGUAGGCCUGAGUCCUGUCCAUUUGUAUGAGCCUCUGGAGACCAUCAUGAGGCGGCCUCUGGUCUACAUCAGAGGCGUGGUCCCCCGACCCUGCUUCCAAGCUUUGUUAAGGUUGAGCCAGCUUAGCCGAGCGGAGCGCCUCACACACGUGGUGCGGUGCGACCUCUUCCCCUCGGCCGACAUGAUCCGCGGCCUGAGCGAGAACUGCGGCACAAAUGCCGGGCAGCGGGAGAAAAGAGGCGGGGCGAACGCGGCGGCGGACACACCCACUCGGCCCGUGGCCGCGUCCACCGUACGCGUUAAGAGUAACGCCCCAAUCAGCGCGCAAACUUCAGAGUACGCUAAAUGGAAAGACAACAGCCGGUCGGUGCACCAGUCCAGGGACUUCAUUCAGGAAAACGUUAAAAAGGUGCAGGAGGAAAGUGAGCGGUUGCAGAAGCCAAAAGCCGCUGUGUUUGGGAAGGAACUGUUGGCAGCCGGACCGGUGCACAACUACAGCAUCCAGACCUUCAACUCGAGUGAGCGAGCCAAGGAGCUGCUCCGGGAAGUGAUGGCCCAGGCUCCAGGGAGGAGGUUCACCUACUGCCAGCGGUAUCACAGCGCCACAGUGGAGCAAGGACACGUCAUUUCCAAAAAACGCCCCAACGCCAUCGCUGCCCCCAGAGUUUGGUUCACAAGCCGGAGCAGCGACGAGUCCAAGUGUCACCCUCGACAACCGGACGAGGGUCGUGUGGAAGAGCUGAGGAAGCCAUGGAGGGAGAACGUCCUGCACGACAACAUAUUGAAGCCUCCACUUUCAAGGGACACAUGGGCCUGGAGCCAGCGCCACGAGGACUUUCAACUCCACUUCAAACCGCUCCCUUCUUUCAGCCCGUCUCCGUCCACCAUCCACCUGGCCGGAGACCUUCUGAAGCCGGAGCAGCUCGGGGGAACCAGAGCGCUGCACAGGCUGCUUCCCGGCCGCCGCGCCAACCCGCCGGGCAACGCCCCCCUCCCACGGUUCACGUGUCACAUGGGAGGAAACUCGGACAGGAUUCAGGAGAUACUGAAAGAUGAGCCUAAGAAGUAUUCACUGAGGAAACCGGGCAUGGUGCUGGAGCCUUUGCCUCAGCUGUCUGUGAUGAACUUGGGUGAAAACAACCAGCGUGGCUGUGGCCCCGCGGCCCGACGCAACAAAAGGGGCGAUGCCAGACAUCCCUCCGCCCGGCGAGGACCACCACAUGUUCGUGUAAGUUCACAUUUUAAUUAGAA